ACCUACCUCAUCGAUCAACUUCGCGACUCCCUCAACCGCCACCCCACAUCUCGCCUCUCCACUCCUUCGUCCACGCCUUUCCUUACUGUCUGUCGCAAACAUGCUUUCGACGACAAGGUCUGCUGCCUCAAUGGCUCUGCGAGCCAAACCCGCGACGGCCUUGAUGCCAUUCCGCGCCGGAAGCGUAGCCUUUUUAUCCUCGAGCUCGCCCAACAAGGCGACGACCAUGAAGUCGCCUGCCACCAUUCCCGGCAACCCCGGAACACCGCCACCGAUGAAGUCAGCGCGAGUUGAGGUUCCCUUGCCAAGUCAGGAGGGAAAGAAGGGUGCUAUGCAAUAUGCAUUGACAACACUUGACCAAGUAGCCAACUGGGCCCGUCAGAGCUCGCUCUGGCCCAUGACUUUCGGCCUUGCAUGCUGCGCCGUCGAGAUGAUGCACUUGUCUACUCCACGAUACGACCAGGAUCGUCUCGGUAUCAUUUUCCGUGCCUCUCCUCGACAGUCCGACGUCAUGAUCGUAGCCGGAACCCUCACCAACAAGAUGGCACCAGCGCUGCGACAGGUCUAUGACCAGAUGCCUGACCCCCGAUGGGUCAUUUCCAUGGGCAGUUGCGCAAACGGAGGAGGAUACUACCACUACAGUUACUCAGUCACAAGAGGAUGCGACCGUGUUGUACCUGUAGAUAUCUACGUACCUGGCUGCCCGCCAACCGCCGAGGCACUCAUGUACGGUGUCUUCCAGCUUCAGAAGAAGAUGAGGCAUACCAAGAUCACCAGGAUGUGGUACAGGAAGUAAGAUGUGGCUGGUUUGGCGUGGUCUAUUUUGCAGUCUUUGUACAUGCGAGUUUGGGGCAUACAUCCCUUCUGUAUAAAUCGAUCUUCUAUAUGCAUUGCGUACACCAAAUCGACCCCAUAUAUGGCGGUAUUUUGGUAUUACACCGCCUCACCUAACCCAAACAUCUUGACUGAGUUCUUCCAAGCACUACACUCUCAUUAGUUACUCCUUCUGUGCACCAAGGAUACAAACAAUACUUACGCAUCACAAACCUCCU